UAUGACAGAUAGAUACAUACAUAAAUUCAUGCCACACAUGUGCGUGAUGCUCCAGCAUGAUAAUUCACCAUGUCACAAAGUCGUCUUAAACUGGUCUCAUGAAAAUUAUAUUAAGUUCGAUGUACCGUACAAUCAGUAUGGUGUAUCUAAUUAAAUGGUCAGUGAGUGUAUACUAGUGUAUACUGUACUGGAAUGUUACACGACAUCUGAAUAAACUGGAAAGGGAGAAAAUGCGGGCUGCCCAAACAUAUCACAUCCCUCCAAAUUCCGAGGGAACUGAAACACAGCAAAAAUUGGGGAACUGUUUUUUUGUCAAAAUUUCGCAACCUCACCACAAAGUGCAGAGCUGGCCCUCAUCUUUCUGUCGUUAGCAACACGUUUGGCUCUUCGUCAGGUCGUUUCUGUCCUGUCCUUCUCCAGCAGCAGCAGCAGCAUCGUCCGUGGCUCUCCUGCAGAGGACAGCGGGUGUUUGUAGGACACAGGGCCCGCACGGAGGGAGGGGUCCUGGCCUGGGCACGGAUCCCGAAGAGGCCCCGGGGCCGCCGCUGGAUGGAGUCGGGUUGCAUUCAGACAGCAAUGGCUAUGGGUCUGACAUCGAAAAAGGCGUCUGCUCGGAGCGUCGGCGUGGAGCGAAAAAACCUCAUCACGGUUUGCAGGUUCUCUGUAAAGACUCUCCUAGAAAAGUACACAGCAGAGCCCAUAGAUGACUCAUCCGAGGAGUUUAUUAACUUUGCUGCCAUUUUAGAGCACAUCCUCAGCCACCGCUUCAAAGGUAACACUGCAGGUUCAGGAAGCUGGUUCAGCUCAGAUGGACAGCGCAGUUUCUGGGAAUAUAUCCGGCUGGCAUGCAGCAAGGUGCAGAACAACUGCAUUGCCAGCAUUGAAAACAUAGAGAACAUCAGCACAUCGCGAGCCAAGGGCCGGGCGUGGAUUCGAGUGGCACUGAUGGAGAAACGUCUGUCUGAAUAUGUGUCCACUGCUCUGAGGGACACAAGAACAACCAGGAGGUUCUAUGAUGAUGGAGCCAUUAUGCUGAGAGAAGAGGCUACGGUUCUGACUGGCAUGCUGAUUGGACUGAGUGCCAUUGAUUUCAGUUUUUGCUUGAAGGGGGAAACUCUGGAUGGGAAAUCUCCAGCUGUGAUUGACUACACACCGUACCUGAAGUUCACUCAGAGUUACGACUACCUGAGUGAUGAGGAGGACCGCCGCAGUGUGGACAGCAGUAACAGUGAGGAGAGCGUCCCGGAGCAUCCAUACAUCCCUCUGGUGACUGACGAGGAGAGCUGGAGCAACAAGUGUCGCAAGAUGGAGCAGAGGUUUAAGAUCGUCUACGCCCAGAAGGGUUACCUGGAGGAGCUGGUGCGUCUGCGGGAGUCACAGCUGAAGAAUGUGGAGACGGAGAACAAGCGUCUGAGAGCCAAGGUGGACGAGCUGACAGUCCAGAGCCAACAGGAGAAGAAGGAGCUGGAGGCCAUCGUGCUGGAGCUGCAAGCACAACUCUCUGCCCUCAUGCCCUGUGAUUCCUCCCAUCUGGCUAAAGACCUCUCCAUCCCACUGGUCAACCAGUGGUCCACUAUCACAGACAACCAAGGCGAUGUCAAACUGUUCCGCAGGAGGAGUUUCCACAGUUUGGAGCAACUAUCUGCUGAAGUCAGUCUGAACUCUGACUCCCAGAAGACUGAUGGGAGACAGAAUGGAGAUGCUGCCUGGACUUCAGCAGGAAAAGACAACACUCCCUCCAUGCUGGGUCUGUGUGGCUCUCUGGCUUCUUUGCCGAGCUCCAAGUCCCUGGCCAGCCUCAAGUCCAGCGAGUGUUUGGUCAACAUCAGCACUGAACCCAGCCCCGCGCUCUCUCCCAGCUAGGAGCUCCAAACCAACCACAACUGAGAUUUAACCCCCAGCCUGUCUGCCUGGUGAUGCUGCGUUGACCAUGCCCAAACACCCGACCAAAACCCCGCUCCCACCGUCCAUCCGAGCUCCAUGAAAUACAACAGGAAAGUCAUGACACCAUCUCUGGAUUUUUGUACACAUGAGAGUGAUGUCAUCAUUAACCAGAAAGGAUCCAUCCAUUUUGGUUCUUUUCCUUCUCCUCGCCUUAUCUGACUUCUCUCACACUUUCCCACCACCACUUUGUACUAUCUGUGAAUCUCCUCAUGCAAUUCCUCUGUCAUACUUUCUCCAAAGCAUCGAUUUAUUUCCUUAAAUUGUUUUUCAAUCUUGCUCUUUAUUUGGGUAUCAGUGUUCUUCCCAUGGCGUUGUGUGUGUGUUUGUGCGCUUUUGGCCUUUUUUCCUAUUUUCUUGUCAAAAUGUAACCAAAACAGCACUUGCAGCUCUUUGGAUGCAGCCACUAACAAAGAGAGAUGUGAUGUGAUUAUCCAUAUGAAGUAGAGGAUGGGUUUUACAGACUGUCCUAACAGUGACAUCGCAGUGUGUUUUCGUGAGUUUGACUGAAUGGUAUCUGGGGUCUGCCACCCCUGAAAGUGCAUAUCAUUUCUGCUUGAGUAACAUCACACUCUGUUACAGUGCAGCUAUUUAUUUACUCUGUCAAAUCUUAAGCUACUGCAUAUGUUCAUUUCUCUGAGUUUAGCCAGUACAGCAGUAUGUUCUUUUUACACAUAUGCAGUUCAUUGGGUUAUUUUAUUCGUUUUGUGUUGCAAUAAACUGCCUUUUUCCAUUAA